AGCUGGAAUCUUGUCAGCGACAAUGACCUCUCGCCGUCAGGAAAGGUGUCCUAAAUUUGCGACAGACUGAAUAGUUAGGGUGACGGAUGAAAUAAGACAAGCGCAUGCGUGCACGUGCUUAUGGAGGGGAAGUGCGGCACAGCGUGGUGGAUUCGCUCCAGAAGACACGGCUGGUUUGUUCGUUACGAUCCUGGAUACGUCUGUGUGUAUGUAUUCGUAUCCUAAUUUGAUGGUCGGGUAAAUGCGCACGAGAGAAUAGGCCUGUUGCAGGCCCAUCUGAACCAGUAUCGACUCUUGUGACACCGUGUUUUUUCACCUCAUACGAACUGCAGAAACCGUUCAUGUCGUGCCAUUAUAGUCCCAUGUAGUUACUUUUACAACACUGGAAAGGUUUACCGGCGAUAUAUUAGACAUUUUUUGAGUGUUUUAAGACAUUACUGUAAAUAUAUAUGUAUAGAAAGAAGCGAUAGGAACUGUGAUAUGAAUAUGAGGUUGGAAUUUUUCACUGUUUAACUGAUAAUCUGUCACACACACUGUUUAUUUUUCAAACUGGUGACAGAAGUGGAACAGCACUCCUGUUCAGGCUUAGCCAGUUUCACUGAUAACCUAGUGCUGGAAAAAAAAAGCAAAGACUUAGAAAACACAGCCAAAACUGGCUAUAUCAUUCUUAACCAGUCUGACAGAAGAAAGAUGUGGAAGGUUAAAGAAUGUGCUCAACAUUCUGUUUGUUUCCUAGCCUUCACAGAAUGGUUACUAGGUGGCGCGACGAUCGGCUACAUGAUGUGGGUUCUUGGGACUUCACCUACAACGAAAGAGUUUCUCAACGGAAGAUUAGUGUUCACGUACGUUAUACUCGGUGUUGGAUCUCUUCUGUUUCUUGCAGGAUUGUUAGGUUGGGUCGGAUCGUAUAGACGAGGAGGAUGUUUGUUGAAUUUGUUCCUAUUCCUUACAGUAUUAUCGUUAGCUUCAGAAGUUGGUGGUAUUAUUGCCUUGAACAUCAUGCAAACAAAGAUGACUGAUAUUCUCAGCCAAGCUUGGUCGGAAGUGAACCAAGAGACGCGCAACAUCCUUCAAGAAAAGUUUGAGUGCUGUGGAUUUCUUGGACCAAAAGACUUCAUUGAAGAUGUAGAAACAAGCAAUAACAAUUGUUACUUAAAGGAGAGCACGUUUAGUGCAAGUGUACGAAAAAUUGAGACGGAUUUAAAUAAGUUUCAGGUGGGAUGCAAGGAAUAUCUGGUGGAAUGGUUUUAUCAGAAUAAAGUCAUAUGGAUUGUUGCUCUUGGUGCCGUCCUUCUCCUUCAGGUAGUAAAUGUCCUUGUUGCUGUCUUGCUCAUCAACCAAAAUAAACGUUCUCGAAGGAGCUCGUCGACGCAGUCCCUACGUGAAUCAAUGCACCAAUCGCGUAUCUAGAGGGGUUGAUCUUCAAGCAGAAAAAAAAAAGACAUUUUCUUACAGCUAGUGAAAUUCUAGAAAUAAUAAGCCUUAUAUCCACUGAAAAGGAAAUAUCAAAAGUCAUUUAGUCAAGAAAGUAGAUAUAGUUUGUUCUUACAAGAAGCCUUUUUUUUUUCUUCCUUAUCCUCUCUAAGAGGAAUACUGUAUAACUUCACGGUAUAUAGAGAUUUUACUCGUAUUAAGUUAAUAUUAAGAAAUUAUUUAGCAUAAUUACUAAAGAACACGUGAGACAGUGUCAGAACCCAUUUUUGGAAUAUGUUUAUUUUUUUUUCAUAAAAAUGAAAAAAAUACUUGAUUUAGCAAAUACUCGAAGUAACGUUUGUGUGUUUAGGAUUUUUCCUACAAAUACUUGUGUCAUUUGAAAACCUGUUCAGAGCUUUUUCUGAUAUUUUAAACUAUAUGUGUGUUUUAUAUAAUUAUCGUUUCUACACACGUCUAAUUAUUGGAUGAUGUAAAACUUAACAGAUACUAGUUUUACUUUCAUAAAAAGCACAUCUAGUCUGAAAGUUAUCUAAGUUUUUGAGGUUUUUCUCUUUUCAUCAAGUUACCAAAAAUGAAGACUGGAAACUUACGGAUAACACGUUUAUCAUUCUUCUUUUCUCGCUGACGUCACUUCCGACAGAUAGCGCAUAGUUACCACUUAGCGACCAAUAUGGUGGGUAAAAAACCAGCUUGUCAGUGUUGUAGCUAUCAGUGUUCAUUUAAGAUGUGUACGUGCUUGUUAUGUGCCUGUGUCUGGCAAUACUCAAAAUAAAUUGUGGCAAAUUAUAAACAAAGUAGGUUUCGAAUAAAAAAAUUAAUAAAUUGUUAGAUAAAGACUAGGAGAGGUACACUAUAAAUUUAUAAUAACAAUAAUACGGGAGUAACUGUGAGGCCUAUACCAUUAUUGAAGGCCCGGUGUUGAUAAUUUUGGGGUGUAAAAUAAAAUAUAGGCUUCUAAAUAACAAAGACUUAUUUAAUGUCAUAGCUACAAUGAGCUGUCAGACAUGGGUCCAGCCUAAACUUCUACACAUAAAUGUAGGCGAAGCGCAGAUAGCCCUCGUGUAGCUUUGCGCGAAAUUCAAAAACAAAAAAAAAAACAAAAUGUAGGCGAAUAUAUCCUACUUGGUUGACUGUUUCCCAUAGAUUGCAACUCUGAUAUCUAUGGUUUGUACGUAACUCUGAUAUCUAUGGUUUGUACAUAACCCUGAUAUCUAUGGUUUGUACGUAACUCUGAUAUCUAUGGUUUGUACAUACCUCUGAUAUCUAUGGUUUGUACAUAACUCUGAUAUCUAUGGUUUGUACGUAACUCUGAUAUCUAUGGUUUGUACAUAACUCUGAUAUCUAUGGUUUGUACGUAACCCUGAUAUCUAUGGUUUGUACGUAACUCUGAUAUCUAUGGUUUGUACGUAACCCUGAUAUCUAUGGUUUGUA